GAAAAUCUAAGAAGAAAUUAUUUACACUUUUAAAUUAUUCCUUCGGUAAAAUAUAAUUUUUACAGUUCUGAAAGAAGUCCAAUUAUAUUCAAUUGUGUGAUAUUAGCUAAAUUUGUAUAAAUUUAUUAAAAAUCGUAGAUUGUGUGUAUAUCGUCCGAGUGAACUUUUAUCUUACGUAGGUUAGUUUUGUAACAAUAGGUAGGAGAAUUAAUCUCAUGAAUACGUAUGUAUGUUAGUAGUGUGUUAUACGUGAUAAGUCAUUCAACCAAAGGUUUUCGAGAAGCGAAUUCCAAGAUUAUUUAUCAGUUGCUAUACGUUAUUGUACAAAAUGGCAGGACAACAUUAUUUGAGUGAUACAAAGAAUCCAUUUUUUGAAUUAGAAGAUGAUAUAGAUGAUGAGACAUUUUUAAAAAGUGCACCAACAAGGGCAUCUGGUUCAUCGUAUAAUUAUGUUAAUAAUUUUGACAAUGAACUUGAAGUUAAACGUCAACAAUUAAUGCAACGUAGAAAAGAAAUAGAAGAGCGUACUAUCCAUUCAUCAGAGCGAUCUAUUUCUCUUUUAAGAGACUCUGAACAGAUUGGUGCAGCUACAGCAGAAGAAUUAAUUAGGCAAAGAGAACAAUUAGAAAGGACAGAAAAGAGGUUGGAUGAUAUUAACAGUACAUUAAGAUUUAGUCAAAAACACAUUCAAGGUAUAAAGAGUGUUUUUGGUAGUUUAAAAAAUUAUCUUAGUGGAAAAUCGCUUGACACCCCUGUACCAUCUACUAAACUACCAGAAUCUACAAGUUUUGGAUCUACAUCAUCGCCAACUUUAUCUAGUUCCUUAGAUCAAGUGCAAACUAAUAUGGCUAAUAACCAUCCAUCACUUAAAUUUCGAGGUCUUGUAGAUGAUGAUGACGAUGAAGAUCAAAAAACAAAUUCAUCCACAAAUAAUAUAACAAAAGUUCUAGAAAAAAAUUUAGAUGAAAUGAGUGGAUCUCUAGCACGAUUAAAAGGUUUAGCAAUUGGACUUUCAGAAGAGAUUGAAUCACAAAGUGAUUUAAUUGACAAUAUAACAGAUAAGACAGAAAGAACAGAUAUUACAUUACAAAAACAGAAUAAAGAUCUUACAUAUUUACUAAAAAAGUAAAGUUUAUCAUAUUAACAAAAAAUAUUAUUUAACUCCUAUAGGAGUAUACAUAUACAUACAGAACAUGAUUCAAUUAAUAUUUGACCUUGAUAUGUGCAUAGAAAUAAGCAUAGAAAUUUAAACAUGAAAAAUGUAGUAGAUUUAAUAUUUAUAAUAUAAAUUUGCUUUAUAAAAUUUAUAAGAUAAUUCAACUAUGUAAAAAUAGUAUGUAAGAGAAUCGUGUAAUGUUUUU